AUGGCAUUUUCCCAACUGGGAUGCCAGUAUAUCCGGCCCAUCUACCCGUCGGAUCGCCAGGGGAACGGCAACUCCCGCGCCGGGGCAGAGCUGAGCCCUUCGGGAGCGCUUUCCAACGUGCUGUCCAUGUACGGAGCGCCUUACGCGGCAGCCGCGGCUGCUCAGGGAUACGGGCCCUUCCUGCCCUACGCCGCCGAGUUGCCUCUCUUCCCGCAGCUGGGCGCCCAGUAUGAGCUGAAGGACAGCCCCGGCGUCCAGCACGCGGCGUUCCCUCACCCGCACCCGGCUUUCUACCCCUAUGGGCAGUACCAGUUCGGCGACCCGUCGAGGCCCAAGAACGCCACGCGGGAGAGCACCAGCACCCUCAAGGCCUGGCUGAACGAGCACCGCAAGAACCCGUACCCGACCAAGGGCGAGAAGAUCAUGCUGGCCAUCAUCACCAAGAUGACCCUCACGCAGGUCUCCACCUGGUUCGCCAACGCGCGCCGGCGCCUCAAGAAGGAGAACAAGAUGACCUGGGCGCCGCGGAGCCGCACGGACGAGGAGGGCAACUCCUACGGCAGCGAGCACGACGAGGAGGACGGCGAGGGCGACAAGCGCGACGCCGAGGACGAGGAGAUCGACCUCGAGAACAUCGACACGGAGCGCAUGGAGAGCGGCGAGGACGACGACGAGGAGGACGAGGACGACGACGAGGAGCCCAGGGGGCGCUCGGCGCUCCUGCGGCCCGACGCCAAGGCCACCGACUCGGAGAGCUCCGACGGCGGCUUCGAGGACUUGCCCGGCGCGCAGGAGCGCUUCCUGGAGGCCAUGGAGGCGCGGCGGCGCUCCUCGUCGCGGGAGCGGGCGGCCCAGCCGCCGCCGCCGCCGCUGCAGCCCCAGCCGCCGCCGCGCCAGCCCUGCUCGCCGCCGGCGUCCCCCCCGGCGGCGCCCAGCCCGCUGGCGGGCCCCCCGCACGCCCCCGCUGGCGCGGCCGCCGCCGCCCCGACGGCCGCGGGGCCCGCGCACAGACUGGUCUCAGCCUGCCCGCUGGGCAAGUUCGCCAGCUGGACCGGCCGCCCCUUCUCUGCCCAGCCCCACCACCACCACCACCACCCUCACCCGCUGACCUUGCUGAACUCUCCCCACCUGCUGGGACUCGCCGGGGGCAGCCCCAGCUCGGCCCCCACCGCAGCGGCGGCGAUCGCGGCUUUCUCGCGACCCGCGGACCAAGCGCAGAGCGCGGACUCCUCCGGAUCAGAUCGAUCUAGUGCCUUGGAAGUAGAGAAAAAGUUAAUAAAGACAGCUUUCCAACCAGUUCAGAGGCGGCCUCAGAAACAACUUGAUGCAGCUAUGGUACUUUCUGCGUUGUCAUCAUCAUAGUUAAUUUUUUAAUUAUUGUUCUAAUGACUGUAAAAUAAAAUUCUCUGUAUAGUUACAACUUGUACGCAUGUCCAUGUAUUAAAUGAGAGAAAAAAAGAUACAAAAACAUCCAAGACCCCUUCCCCCUGCUUCUGUAGUAUCAUCUGGAUUAGCUGAAUUCGUGAGGUUUUUUGGAAGUCCAGUGAGAAAUAGGCGUCUUCAUUUUUUUUUUGUAUAUAUAGUAAAAAAAUGUACAUACGUGUGAACCAAAUUGUACAAGAAAGUAUAUAUUUUUGGCUAAUAAACUGUUGCCACUUUGACUACAA